AUGUUGUUGUUUUUCUUCACCACUCUUAUCCGCGGCUUUGCUCUCCAAAAUCGAGUGGUUGAGGCUGCACGACUUCUCAGUAAAAUAUUGCAGGGAGGUCAUUGUCACCCAGAUGUGUUUACUUUCAACACACUAAUGAAGGGCUGUUAUGCCAUUGGCAACAAUAGUGCCGCUAUUCAGUUACUUGGGAAAAUGGAACUACAUGUAUGCAAGCCUGACAUAGUUACCUCAGUCUUUCACACCAUCAUUGACAGUCUGGGUAAAGAUACACUAGUCGAUCAAGCAAAGAACCUCCUCACAGGAAUGAUUGGUAGAGGUAUUGCUCCCGACGUUGUUACUUACAACUCUUUGAUUCAAGGAGUUUGUAAUAUAUGCCACUGGAAAGAAGCUACUAGGUUGUUGAAUGAAAUGGUGAGUCAAGCUAUCUAUCCAAAUCUCGUCACCUUCAAUAUCUUGCUUGACGCACUUUGUAAGGAGGGGGUGGUCGCGCAAGCCUUAACCGUGGUUGGGGUGAUGGUCCAAAGAGGAAUUGAACCAAACAAGAUUACUUACAAUUGUCUUAUAAAUGGUUACUGCUUGGGAGGUCAAAUGGACAAGGCGAAAUAAGUUUUUGAUCUAAUGCUUAGGAGGGGCUUCUUGUUGAUUGACGGAUAUUGCAAGGGUCAAAUGAUCAAUAAGGCGUAUAAGGUUUUCAAGGAAAUGCCUUUUUGGGGACUUGUUCCGGAUACCGUAACUUAUACCACUCUUAUUGAUGGUUUCUGUAAAGCGGGAAGACUACAAGAAGCAGAAAAGUUGUUCCUCGAAAUGCAAGCUUCCGGUCAACUUCCAGAUGUUCAAACUUACGCAGUUAUAAUUGAUGGCCUAUGUAGCAACCAACAACUUUCUGAGGCAUUAGAAUUGCUUAAAGAGAUGAAAUACAAGAAAUUGGAACUAGAUAUUGUGAUUUACAGUAUUAUUAUUGAUGGUUUAAUGAAAGCUGGGGAAAUUGAAUUUGCAAAGGAGGUCUUUUCUGGUUUGUCAUCGAAUGGAUGUCAGCCUAAUGUGUGGACAUACAAUAUAAUGAUCAUGGGACUUUGUAACGGGGGCCUCUUAGAUGAAGCAGAAAAGCUGUUCAGAGAAAUGGAACAAAACGGCUGUUAUGCUGAUCGCUGCACCUAUAACACAAUUAUCCGGGGGUUUAUCAAUAAUAAUCAGAUAUCCAGGGCUGUGGUACUUAUUCCAGAAAUGCGUGACAGGGGUUUCUCUGCAGAUGCAUCAGCUAUGAAAUUAAUUCUAAACAUGUUGCUAAAGGAUACGAUAUAUCGUGUGUUAUUAGCAUGUCUUAAAGAUUCCAUCCGAAAUUCUGGAAAAGUUCAGCCUGCAAAAGACCUCUUCUGUGGUUUAUUUACUAAAGGACUUCAGCCUAAUGUCCGGACAUAUACUAUAAUGAUUACUGGACCUUGUAAAGGAGUGCUUAAUGUAGAGGAUGCCUUGAAGGUGUUCGAUGAAAUGCUCCAGAGGCGUCCUCUGCCUCCUGUUAUCAGUUUCACCCGGAGAUUGGGCCAACUUAUCAAAUUGAAGCACUAUUUUGCAGUCAUAUCUUUGAAUCGACAAAUGGGUCUCGUCGGAAUCGCUUAUGAUGUUUAUACUCUCAACAUUUCUAUCAAUUGCUACUCUAAAUUGAACCGUAUGGGGUAUGCCUUGUCUGUGUUGGGCCACUUCUUCAAAUUGGGUUUUCAACCAGAUGUGGCCGCCCUCAACACUCUUGUCCACGAUAGAGUGGAUGAUGCAGCACUACUUCUCAGCAAAAUGUUGCAGGAAGGUCAUUGUCAGCCCAAUGUGUUUACUUUCAACUUUCUAAUAAAGGGCUUUUGCAAGAUCAGAAACAACACUGCGGCUAUUCAGUUGCUUGGGAAGAUGGAAGAACAUGGAUUCAGGCCUGACAUCUAUACUUUUAACACCGUCAUCAAUGGUCUCUGCAAGGAUAAACUAGUAGACCAAGCAAAGAAGCUCUUCUCACAAAUGGUUGGUACAGGUAUUGCUCCAGACGUUGUUACCUACAACUCUUUGAUUCAAGGAGUUUGCUAUAUGUGCGACUGGAAUGAAGCUACGAAGUUGUUAAAUGGAAUGGUGAGUCUAGGUAUCUUUCCAGAUAUCCUCACCUUCAACAUCCUGGUUGAUGGUCUCUGUAAGGCCGGGAAGCUUGUGGAAGCAGUAACCGUGGUUGACGUGAUGAUUCAAAGAGGAAUUGAACCUGACACGAUUACAUACAAUACCCUUAUGGAUGGGUAUUGUUUAAAAGGAGAAAUGGACAAAGCGAAACAAGUUCUUGAUCUAAUGCUUAGCAAAGGCCGCAUGGUUGAUGUUCGUUGUUGUAACAUAUUAAUUAACGGAUAUUGCAAGCAGAAAAGGAUUCUCGAGGCAAAAGACGUUUUCAAAGAAAUGUCUGUUGGGGGACUUAUUCCUGAUACCAUUACUUAUACCACUCUUAUUGGCGGUUUGUUUAAAGAUGGGAGACUUCAAGAAGCCGAAAAGUUGUUCUCCAAGAUGCAGGCUUCUGGCCAAGUUCCAAAUGUUCAAACUUACAAAGUUACACCUGAUUGCCUAUGUAGCAACCUACAACUUUCUAAGGCAUCAAAAUUGCUUAAGGAGAUGAAGGACAAAAAGUUGGAGUUAGAUAUUAUAAUUUACAAUAUCAUCAUUGAAGGUUUUUUGAAAGCUGGGAAAAUAGAUUAUGCAAAAGAGGUCUUUUCUGGUUUCUCAUCAAAUGGAGUUCAGCCUGAUGUGCGGACAUACAAUAUAAUGAUCAAGGGACUUUUUAAAGGGGGCUUGUUGUGUGAAGCAGAUAAGUUGCUGAGAGAUAUGAGAGAGAAAGGCUUCUUCCCAAAUAAUUGGACCUAUAACAUCAUUAUCAGAUGCUUGUUGAAGAACAAUGAUGUAUCAAGGGCUAUACAACUUAUUCAAGAAUUGAUAGUUGGUUUAUUGUCAAAGGAUGUAGUUGAUCCGGAUCAGGCUUUGUUGCCGUUGUUGAAACAACCAUGA